GCCAACCAAAUCCCAAAGAAGAAGACGGGUCAACCCUAAAGACGUCAUCACGCACAUUUCCGAGUUGUCCUUGAACGAAACAUCGCUGGAAAAAUGGUUGCAUACUGGAGACAAGCUGGCCUUAGCUACAUUCGCUUCUCUGCGAUCUGCGCAAGUGCAGUCCGUGCGGCACUGAAACCCCAGUUCAAAGUCGAGGCACUGAAGGUUGCCGAGUCCAGCGUCAAAGUCUACGUACCAAAGGCUGUAGCAUGAUCUGAGUACGUCAUCAUGUAAUGGAUGUUCUUCGGGGCCAAGAGGAUCUGUCACUGUCCCGGCCAACAUAUCUUUGUGAUGGAUGACAACGCAAGGGUUACAUCUAGAUUUGUCGAGAGACGGAAGAUUUAACAGAAUGGAUUUUUCCCCUUUAAUUUGUAAUUAAGAAAAUGAAAUAAAACUCCCAUCUAAAAAGAA